CCCCCCAUUUCUUUUUCACCCAUUUCUGAAAUAUUUCUUUUUCACCUCAUCCCACGAAAUCUACCAUACCCAAUUACAUCUUCCAUCUGAAUAUCCCCAAUUCCAUCUCAAAUCCACAAAAUUCUAAAAUAUCUUAACAAUCCCAAAAUCUCUUAACCUUCCAUAAAAGAAAGAUGAGCCAUGUUUCUUCAGCUCCGAGCUCGAGUGAAACCUCCUCUAGUCGAACAAGAGUAAAAGUUGCUAGGAUUCCAAAGAGGUGUAGAUGUGGCGACGAGAUCGUUGAAAAGAUCUCCAAAUCAGUCCCAAAUCCUUACCGCCGCUACUACCGAUGCAAAUAUGCUUAUGAUAGAAACCUUAUGAACGAUAGCCAUGUCUUCAAGUGGGUGGACGAGGCAUUGGUAAAUGAGGUAGAACAGUUGGAUUUUCAAGUUCGUGUUCUUGAAGAAGAAGUUGCACUGCUAAAGGUGGGACGACAGAUAGAAACCAACGAAAUUACAAAAAUGAUGGUACCUUUUUCCGUUGGUUGUCUUCUCACAGUUGUUCUUAUAACUUGGUAUUUCUAA